AUGUAAUUUUUGGUAAAAUCUUCAGGUCGAGUUGGAUUUUUCGGUUUUGCUACAGCCACAGCUUCACAUAAAGAUAUUGCAGGAAAGAAUUUCUAAAGAUUCUAAAGCAAAUAUGCUGAAUAUGUUACUCAAUUCAAUUAAAAGCUGUAAGCUAUGUCUAUAUAAAAUUUGAUAGUGAAGCUAUUGAAAAAGAGAAUAAGGCACCAAAUGUUGCACCAUAAGGCAAAGUAUUUGAACAUCCAUACAAUAAUCCACACAACCCUGUAAAUUUCAGUGGUGUAAGUGCUAAUUACUAAGCUAGAUUAAAUCAUCUGAAUUGUUUUACAACUUUAUUGGACCAGAAUAAGUAUCACCACAUUAUGAAAAUUUCCUUGUGGCUAGAAAAUACCUUCUACUUACUUAUGGUGGUUUGAUUGUAAUUGGAUUUGCUGCAGGCACAACUAAUCUACAUUGGAUUGCUAAAUCAUCAUUUUUGCCAUUCCUAUUCUGGAUGCAAAUUAUGUACUUUUACUUGGAAGGUCGUAAAUCAUUCAUGAAACCAUUACUUGCUAGAUUUUACAGAAGAGUAGCUGGAAAUGAAUGUUUCUAACUUGAUUAAUAUUAUCAUGAAAAUAUGCAACUCAAAAUUAGAACUCUUUUAGAAGCAGCCAAAGGAUAAAUUGAAUAUGGUUAAUUACAUAAAGAAUUUAGAGAUGUUAAAGCAGAAUUAAUUAAUACAGUAUAAUAUUAUCAUUUAUAUUUAAGUUCUUAAUGAAUGAAUAAUUAAAUCUCUAAAGACAUGUUGCAGAGAGAUCUUAAAAUAUUCUUAAAUAAGCUCAAUAAGCUGAAUAAGUAUGUAGAUUCAAUAAUUUAAGAUUAAUUAAAAUAGACUUCUAUCAGAUAUUAUUGAAGCUGCUCAAAAGUCACUUGAUACUAAUCUUAAGAGCAAUCUUCCAGAAAUUUAAAAAGCCUCAUUCAAAUCUGCUCUUAGAGGAUUAGCUUAAGGAAAGAUGACAUAUGAGAAUGAUCCAUUAAUUGAUAUGAUUCUUAAGACUAUUAGAGAACAUGUAAGCAAAAUUUAGAAUCUAUCACCAGCUGAGUAUGAAUUCAUCAUAUUCAAUUUAGAUAGAAGAAAUUGAUAUCACUCAGUAAGGACUAAUUAGCUGCUAUCCAAGCAAACGAUAAAAAGUAUAUAUUUAUUAUAAUAAAUUCAGAGCAAAGGAAGAUUUCUUAAGAGCUGAACCAAAGAUAGAUUAAACCCUUAAGAAUUAUGAUAAUGUAAAGAGACAACUAGCUUCUUGGGGACAAUGAAUAUGAACAUUAAUACAUUNUGAAAAAGAGAAUAAAGCUCCAAAUGUUGCACCAUAAGGCAAAGUAUUUGAACACCCAUACAACAAUCCACAUAACCCUGUAAAUUUCAGUGGUGUAAGUGCUAAUUACUAAGCUAGAUCAAAUCAUCUGAAUUGUUUUACAACUUUAUUGGACCAGAAUAAGUAUCACCACAUUAUGAAAAUUUCCUUGUGGCUAGAAAAUACCUUCUACUUACUUAUGGUGGUUUGAUUGUAAUUGGAUUUGCUGCAGGCACAACUAAUCUACAUUGGAUUGCUAAAUCAUCAUUUUUGCCAUUCCUAUUCUGGAUGCAAAUUAUGUACUUUUACUUGGAAGGUCGUAAAUCAUUCAUGAAACCAUUACUUGCUAGAUUUUACAGAAGAGUAGCUGGAAAUGAAUGUUUCUAACUUGAUUAAUAUUAUCAUGAAAAUAUGCAACUCAAAAUUAGAACUCUUUUAGAAGCAGCCAAAGGAUAAAUUGAAUAUGGUUAAUUACAUAAAGAAUUUAGAGAUGUUAAAGCAGAAUUAAUUAAUACAGUAUAAUAUUAUCAUUUAUAUUUAAGUUCUUAAUGAAUGAAUAAUUAAAUCUCUAAAGACAUGUUGCAGAGAGAUCUUAAAAUAUUCUUAAAUAAGCUCAAUAAGCUGAAUAAGUAUGUAGAUUCAAUAAUUUAAGAUUAAUUAAAAUAGACUUCUAUCAGAUAUUAUUGAAGCUGCUCAAAAGUCACUUGAUACUAAUCUUAAGAGCAAUCUUCCAGAAAUUUAAAAAGCCUCAUUCAAAUCUGCUCUUAGAGGAUUAGCUUAAGGAAAGAUGACAUAUGAGAAUGAUCCAUUAAUUGAUAUGAUUCUUAAGACUAUUAGAGAACAUGUAAGCAAAAUUUAGAAUCUAUCACCAGCUGAGUAUGAAUUCAUCAUAUUCAAUUUAGAUAGAAGAAAUUGAUAUCACUCAGUAAGGACUAAUUAGCUGCUAUCCAAGCAAACGAUAAAAAGUAUAUAUUUAUUAUAAUAAAUUCAGAGCAAAGGAAGAUUUCUUAAGAGCUGAACCAAAGAUAGAUUAAACCCUUAAGAAUUAUGAUAAUGUAAAGAGACAACUAGCUUCUUGGGGACAAUGAA